AUGUUGAGGAGAAACGCGCGACAAAGGAAGGAAUAUCUUUCUAGAAAAGGUUUAGAACAAAUUGAAAAGAACAGUUUAGAAAGAAGUAUUCGUUUCAAGGAGGCACUCGAUGAAGGAAAACUAAUCCCAACGGAAUAUAAGAGUAUUUCUGAUAAGAUCGUGGCAAAUAUUGAUCUCAUUGACACAUCAAUUGACCCUAAGUCGAUAAUUGACGAUGAAUACUCAUUAUCUGGAUUAUAUGAACCAAAAAUACUAAUUACAACAUCUAGAAGUCCGAGCAACAGGCUUUUACAAUUUGUUAAAGAACUUAAUCUGAUUGUACCAAACAGUUUUAGGAUCAAUAGAGGUGGCUAUGUUCUGAAAGAUUUUGGGGAUUUGUGUAGAUCAAAUGGAGCUACAGAUUUAAUAGUUGUGCAUGAACAUAGAGGAGAGCCUGAUGGUUUGAUUAUUUCUCAUUUUCCUCAUGGGCCAACCGCAUAUUUUACUUUAAAUAACGUGGUACUAAGGCAUGAUCUCCCACUUAAACCAUCAACUGUAUCCCAAAGUAAUCCCCAUUUAAUCUUUCAGAAUUUCAAUUCUAUUCUUGGAGGGAGAGUAUCUAAUAUUUUAAAAUAUUUAUUCCCAAGAUCAAAAAACACAUCUCAAAGAGUAAUUUCAUUUAUAAAUAUCAAUGACAACAUUAUUUUUCGCCAUUUUAAUUGGGUCAAAGAUAUGGACAACAAAUCAGAAGAUUUACAACUUAAUGAAAUUGGGCCUAGAUUUAUUCUUAAAUUAUAUAAAAUAGAACUUGGAACACUAGAGAUGAAAAAUUUAUCAACAGAGUGGGUACACAGACCUUUUUUUAACAAAAAAAAAACUUCAUUGUGA